UAAUUAUGGACCACCAUUUUACCACGUCUGCAACCAUUACAGCCCGAGAAAAUGGCCGCUGUGGUGCAAGUGGAACCUCAAAGCAAAAUCAUGUCAAGUCCACCAAUCGAACAAAUGGCAACAGGAUGCUGCAGAAGAUCUCUAAGUGAACAAAUUAAUCAAAGGAAACUUGCUCUGCUGGCUAAUGAACUUCUGGGGCUGCGGCUCCAAGAGAUAUGGGUUGUUUCUACAAUAGGAAACGGGCAUAAAAGCACUAUGAGUCCGCAGAAGGGGUGAAAACGCAUACUUGCUGGUCAUGGUAUUCAUACAUCAUUUCAGCGCCUAAAAUGGCUUCUUACAAUGCGCCCAGUAGUUCCACUGACAAAUCAUCAUCUUGGUCAGAUUGGACUUGGGAUCAACGUGGUUUCUGGGUGUCUAGUCGAUAUGGCCCAUCUGGGACGGUGGAGUAUGAUUACAAGUUCUCCGAAACACCACAAACUUCCAAGCAAGAUCAAGCAACGCCUCGAACUGCAGAUACAGAUUACAUCAAGCAUCCAGAAAAUUUGAAUUUCUCCUACGAAAGCUUUGAUGCAGGCAGUUACGCUACACCAGAAGAUCAAGUCCAGGCUAGAUACACGACCAAUUUCAGUAGCUCCAUUCAAUCCCAGAGCGCCUCAAGCUAUCGGCACACACCUUCAUCUUAUGCCAAAGAUGAUAACGAAUAUGCUACUUCAUCAGUCAGGCAAGAGUGGAGUGCGAGUGGCGGAUCUAACACAGCAAGCCAACCAAGCCAAAAUUAUGGCACAGCAGAUCUUCCUACUCGACUGACGGGAUUGAACAUCAACAAGACAACUCCUUUUCAGCAACAAAGCUACGCUUUGCCAGGGAACUAUCAACCAAACACUGGGAAGUCAACAAGUAGAGCUGCCAGCUUCACCGGUGGGGAACUUGAUGAAAGAUACAAAGUUGUAGAUACCCGGAAUCAAAAGAAGUUUUGGCAAGUUGGACGGGUAUUUAUGGUUUUGUGGACCGAGCCAGCCGGCAUACAAUGUACUUGGAGGGAAAAGGGGAAUCAGUACGGAUCUCAGUUGAGUACAACGUACUUAAAUGGGACUGCCUACACCGAGAUACGGCGUUUUGUUGUGAUUGGAGAGGGUUACGGCAACAGCAUAUGCUCACCCAUCCAUACUUAUUCUGGCCAAGCAACUCUGAAGGGGAAUUUGCCCGACGCGAAACAGCAUGCUAUAAUACACACAAGCAAGAGGGCUCCCGAAGAGCAUUCACUGCAAGCGGAAGAUGGAACAAUUAUCAAGGAGAAUCUGCCCAAGGAGCCCAUCAGGGUCAAUUCUGAACAGAUGGGAGAAGAAGGAGACCUUGGUGUGUUGUCAAGAGUCAACUAUGCCAAGAUAUAUACAGUCGAGCAUUACGUUCGAGUGUUGAACAUCGGAAAAGUACACCCGAUGUCGAUGCCUAGUCUUGAGAAAAACUGCAUGUUCACGAGACGUGUCGAUGAGCCACCCCAACCGCCUAGGGGUCAAUCUUUGUCUUCGAAGAAAGAUGCCACCAAGAAGAAGUCGUCAACGAAGCCCAGCUCAAGCAGAAAACAUAGCAGCAAGCACGAUGACUAGGAUAUCCACAUCUCCGACUCUUCCAAGACCAGAACACCCAGCCAGUUCCUGACUCGACCUCGGCCGACCCUUCAAUGCUUCUCCCACCACCCACUCAAUAGUCCAGAUAAUUGGAUCUCUGCCCUGCAGUGCUAUCCUGUUCAGAUUGUUCUUUCAUGUUCUAUCAAGAAAAAUUCUCGAAUGGAUUUUAGCUUUCUUCUCAUUCGAAUCGCUUGAUACUUGUUUCGGUUCAUUUUGCGGGAAUUAUACGUUGUCUGGUCACCGACAUACUACUAGGUUUGGAAGGAGGCAGCCUUAGGUUAGGGAGAACAAAACUCCUACUGGAAGCUUCGACUUCUUUACGACCACUGGCACAAGUCGCUAUUGACAUUCUUGCCAUUAGGCCACUCUACCACUACAUACUUAACCAAAAGUCUUCAAACAAUUACCCAUAUGAAUACACGAGCAAAUGAAACUCGCCUGCAAAAUGUAUUUUGUCUUGCUGUUUUAAUAAUCUACCUGCUAUUGUCCCCA